AUGAAUGAUGGUUUUGAAGAAUUUAAGAGGGAUAUUGAACGUUACAGGGAGGAACUUGCUGAAAUGAAGGCUGAAGCUGCGGAAUGCCGCGCGGCGAACGAAGAGCUGAGGGAGGAGCUUAAACAGGCAAGGAAGGAGAUAAUAGGGUUGAAACAAUAUAGUAGAAGCAUGAACCUUGAAAUUCAAGGACUUCCGGUUGCAGCUAAUGAGGACCUAGGCAAGGCUGUUGCGGACAUUGCAAAAUGUCUGGGCACAAGUGUUACUGACGGUGACAUUGAUGUAGUUCAUCGUGUGCCUUCGAAAGAUAAGAAGAAACCUAAUGUUGUGUUAAAGUUCGUCUCAAGAACUGCUCGUGAAAAGUUGCUGUCAGCUGCUCGGAAGAAAACUCUCAAAGCGGAUAGACUGGGAUUUGACACAAGUGACCUCGUGUACAUAAAUGAGCAUUUGUGUGUCGAGAACAAGAUGCUGCUGGGUAAGGCUCGAAAGCUCAAAAAGGAGAAAAAUUGGAAAUACGUGUGGGUAUCGCAAGGAAAGAUUUUAAUGCGCAAAAGUGAGAACUCUUCAAUCCUGCAUGUUACCUGUGAGGAUGACCUCGCGAAGGUCGCUUAA